CGCUUUUAAAAAAAAAAAAUGUUCGCCGCACCGGCGUGGAAAAAGUGGUGUGGUAGUAGUAGUAGGUGGCUGGCCUGUUUGUAAAUAAAUACUGAACAUAUAAUCCCAUACCCCACUAGCUUUUGAUCCUCCUUUCCUAUCUCUCUCUUUCUUACCCCUCUCCACUCUAUACUACGCCUUUCGUGCUUUUUGCUCCUCCCUCCGGUUCUCCUUCGUUAGAGUCGCGGUUAUAGAAGACGAUACGAUAACGAUACGAUCAAUACCCCACGAAUAAUCUCGCCACACUCAGCAUUUUCUCUUCAUUUCUUAGCCACCAGAAAAGAGAAGAAAUAGACAAGAAAUAGACAAGAAGUCUAGAAAGAACACAUACUCCUCAUACUCCGAAACAUCAAACCACCACGAAUUCGCCCCCAGCCGUCGAAUCGCAUUCGCCCGAUUAGCUCCCACUAGGAAGUCUUAGGGACACUUACGAUACCGAGCCAACGCCGCCUGGCGUUUUCGCGCUAAAGAAAUUCUUUCGAUACCCACAAAAAACAAUUCCCCCCCCCUCCUUCAAAACACCUCUCCCUCUCUCCCCUCCUUUCGAUUCUCCCUCUUCCUUCCAUCACCAUGCCAUCCGUCCAAGCCAUGGAUUCCUCAAACAUCAAGAAGGAGAAUGCACAGUCCAUCAAGGUUCUUGAUGACCUGAUGGCAAAGUUGAGCGUGUCCAAGUCGCAAGACGAGGUCAACGCUGCCACCAACAACAUUGCCACAUUCAUCAACGGCCCUAUUGAGGAGCAAGACGCCCCUACCAAGGCCGUCGAUGCCAUCACGAAGCAGCUCAACAACAAGAAGGAUGCUGCCGCCCGUGAGCGUGGCCUGAACGCCAUCCAGGCCAUCGCCGAGCACUCCCAGAUCGCCGCCAGCGUUGAGCCAUACCUCAUCGUUCUACUGCCAUCUGUCCUCGCCGCUGUCGGUGACAAGACCCCCGCUGUCAAGACCGCCGCCAACGCUGCUGCUCUUGCCAUCGUCAAGGGUGUCAACGCCAACGCCGUGAAGGCUCUCCUCCCUCCCAUCAUCAACUCCAUCCUCACCGCCCAGAAAUGGCAGGAGAAGAUCACAGGUCUGACCUGUAUCGAGGCUCUCGUCGAGACCUCGGCAUCACAGCUCGCUCUCCGCGUCCCAGACCUGAUCCCAGUCGUCUCUGAGUCGAUGUGGGACACCAAGCCUGAGGUCAAGAAGAUGGCCUACGGCACCAUGGAGAAGGUCUGCGGUCUUAUCGUCAACAAGGAUAUCGACCGCUUCAUUCCCGAGCUCAUCAAGUGUAUCGCCAAGCCAGAGAACGUCCCAGAGACCAUUCACUUGCUCGGUGCCACCACCUUCGUCACUGAUGUCCACGAGCCAACCCUCGCCAUCAUGGUUCCCCUCCUGGAUCGUGGUCUUGCCGAGCGUGAGACCGCCAUCAAGCGUAAAUCCGCCGUUAUCGUCGAUAACAUGUGCAAGCUUGUCGAGGACCCCAACAUUGUCGCCGCUUUCUUGCCAAAGCUGAUGCCUGGUCUCACCAAGAACUACGAGAACUUGGCUGACCCCGAGGCCCGUGAGAAGACCAAGCAGGGUCUUGACACCCUUACCCGUGUCGGUGCCGUCGUCGAUGGCAAGAUCCCGGAGCCAUCCCACGCUGGUUCCAUCCCCACCGUCCUUGCCAUCCUCAAGCAGAUCGUUGCUACCAAGCACAAGGAUGCCGUUGCCAAGUUCGAGCCAUCCCUCUACUACAUCGCGUCCCUUGCCGGUCAGCUGAUCGACGAGAAGGAUGCCGAUACCCACAACUGGACCAGCGCUAUCAAGCCAUACGUCGUUGCCAUCGUUGGCGAGACUGAUGCCCAGGAUAUCGUUGACGAGCUCCGCCGCCGUGCCUCCCCAGGUGCCGAGGCCGAGGAUGCCGCUGAGGCUGACGAUGAGGAGGGUGAGGAUCUGUGCAACUGCACCUUCAACUUGGCCUACGGUGCCAAGAUCCUGCUCAACCAGACCCAUCUCCGCCUGAAGCGUGGCCAGCGUUACGGUCUUUGCGGACCUAACGGUUCCGGAAAGUCCACUCUCAUGCGCGCCAUCAACAACGAGCAGGUCGAGGGUUUCCCCAAGAAGAGCGAGGUCAAGACCGUGUUCGUCGAGCACGACCUUGACUCUGCCGAUACCGAGCAGACCACCAUUGCCUGGACCAUGAAGAAGUUGGCCGAGGUUGGUGUCGAGACCUCCCAGGAGGAUGUCGAGAAGCAGUUGGCCGAGUUCGGCUUCACUAGCGACAUGACCAGCGGUAUGAUCACCGCCCUCUCCGGAGGAUGGAAGAUGAAGCUGGCUCUUGCCCGUGCCGUUUUCGAGGACCCUGAUAUUCUGUUGCUCGAUGAGCCUACCAACCAUUUGGAUGUCAAGAACGUCAAGUGGCUCGAGGAUUACCUGCAGAACUCCCCCUGCACAUCCAUCAUCGUGUCCCACGACUCCAAGUUCCUGGACAACGUCUGCCAGCACAUCAUCCACUACGAGCGUUACAAGCUUAAGCGUUACCGCGGUAACCUCAAGGAGUUCGUCAAGAAGUGCCCAUCCGCCAAGUCCUACUACGAGCUCGGCGCCUCCGAGAUCGAGUUCAAGUUCCCUGAGCCCGGUUUCCUUGAGGGUGUCAAGACCAAGGCCAAGGCCAUUGUUCGUGUCAACAAGAUGAGCUUCCAGUACGAGGGUACCCCCAAGCCCCAGAUCACCGACAUCUCCUUCCAGUGCUCGCUCGGCUCCCGUAUUGCCGUCAUUGGCCCCAACGGUGCCGGAAAGUCUACUCUCAUCAACGUCCUCACUGGUGAGCUGAUCCCAACCAUCGGUGACGUCUACACCCACGAGAACAUCCGUAUCGCCUACAUUAAGCAGCACGCUUUCGCCCAUAUCGAUCACCACCUCGAGAAGACCCCAUCUGAGUACAUCCAAUGGCGUUUCCAGACUGGUGAGGAUCGCGAGACUAUGGAUCGUGCCAACAAGAUCGUCACCGACGAGGAUGAGAAGGCCAUGGACAAGGCUUACCGCAUCGAGGGUACCCUCCGUCGCGUCAUCGGCAUCCACUCCCGCCGCAAGUUCAAGAACUCCUACGAGUACGAGUGUUCGUUCGCUCUUGGUGAGAACAUUGGCCUCAAGAACGAGCGCUGGGUUCCCAUGAUGACCGCCGACAACGCCUGGAUCCCGCGUACCGAGAUUCUCGCCUCCCAUCAAAAGAUGGUCGCCGAGGUCGAUCAGAAGGAGGCCCUCGCCUCCGGUCAGUUCCGCCCUCUGGUCCGCAAGGAGAUCGAGCAGCACUGCGCCAACUUCGGUCUCGAUGCCGAGCUUGUUUCUCACUCCCGCAUGCUGGGUCUCUCCGGUGGCCAGCGUGUCAAGGUCGUCCUCGCCGCCUGCUCGUGGCAGCGUCCUCAUUUGAUCGUCCUCGAUGAGCCUACUAACUACCUGGAUCGUGACUCCCUUGGAGCUCUUUCCAAGGCUAUCAAGUCCUUCGAGGGUGGUGUUAUCAUCAUCACUCACUCGGCUGAGUUCACCAAGGAUCUUACCGAGGAAGUCUGGGCCGUCGUUGACGGUAAGAUGACUCCUUCGGGACACAACUGGGUGCAGGGACAGGGAGCUGGACCUCGUUUGAAGGGAGACGACGAAGAAGAAGAACGCUUCGAUGCCUUAGGCAACAAGCUCGAGAGCACCAAGAAGAAGGCCAAGCUUUCGUCCGCCGAGCUCCGCAAGAAGAAGAAGGACCGUAUGGCCCGCCGCAAGCGUGGCGAGGAGGUCUUCACUGAUGAGGAUGAGUAAACGGUUUACAAAAUGGGUUUAUAUCUUGUUUGUUUUCGGCGUUUAAUAAAUGUUUCUCAUGCGCCAUGCGAAAGUUUACGAUGGGGGAAGAAAGGAGGAAUUCGCGCCGCGGGGGAUGGAUAGAGGUUUGCGCGGUGGAACCUGAGUUUUUAUGGAUAGAACAUAGAUCAUAAUAGACC